GUGAGACGUUUAUUGACAACAUGGCCGCGGAGCGGGGUCUGAAUUUGGGGAAAAUCGGGAUUUGACGGCUCUCGCCGGCUGCUGCGUUAGCAACCCGUUUCCGGCUCGGGAGGGUGCGGGACAGAUGCAAUUGAAUGAAGGGAGCAGCGGGUCCACGGGACGGUGUCAGUGAGCCCAGGAAACGUCCAGAGAGAGCGAGCCGUCAUGUCGUUUUUCAAGAGGAAAGCCAAAAGCAAAGAACCCGAGAGAGUGACGGACGCUAAAGUCAGCAGAGCUCCGCUCAGCCCGCACUCUCCGUCGCAGACACAGAGGAACCACAAUGCCAUCCAGGAGGCCGCCGGGCCCAGCCACGUGGCCAUCAACGCCAUCUCCGCCAACAUGGACUCCUUCGCCCGCGGCCGCACCGCCAUCCUCAAGAAACAGCCCAGCCACAUGGAGGCGGCGCACUUUGGAGAUCUGGGCCACUCCAGCGUGAACUAUCAGCCGCAGGAGACCCGCUCCCGGCUGUCCAAGACGGUGGACCAGGUCCUCCGGGACAACGUGGCGAUGCCCCACUACCUGCACUUCACGGAGCUGCGCGGCGCCGACCACCUGGUGCGCUUCUGGCUGGAGGCGGAGAGCUUCCGCUCCAGCAGCUGGUCGCGCGUCCGGGCGCACAGCCUCAACUCGGUGAAGCACAGCUCCCUGGCCGAGCCGGUGCCCGCCUCCCCGGACGGCGGGGAGCUCCCGGAGCUCGCCCAGAACGUGUCCGACGCCCUCGCCCGGCACGGCGGCGGCGUGGGAGCCGCGGCGCCGCAAGAGAGGCGGGACUCCACCGCCACGGAGGCAGGCCUGAGACCCGGCACGCCUCGAGCGGAGACGCCCAGCAGGCAGGCGCCCUCCUCCAGGACGGGGACCCCCUUCAAGAUGCAGCCCAACAACACCCUGAAGGAGCUGUCCGACAAGCUCAUGAAGAGUAUAGAAAAAGACGCUGUUACCAUCUUCACCAAGUACAUCUCUCCAGACGCGGCGAAGCCCAUCCCCAUCACAGAACAGAUCAGAAACGACAUCAUCGCUAAGAUCUGCGGAGAGGACGGUAUGGUGGACCCCAACUGCUUCGUCAUCGCACAGUCCGUAGCGUUCGCCAUCUUGGAGCAACAGCACUUUAGCGAGUUCCUCCGGAGCCACCACUUCUGUAAAUACCAGAUUGAAGUGUUGACGAGCGGCUCCGUUUUCCUGGCCGACAUCUUGUUCUGUGAGUCGGCGCUCUUCUACUUCUCGGAGUACAUGGAAAAAGAGGAGGCGAUGAAUGUAUUGCAGUUCUGGCUGGCGGCAGACAACUUCCAGAACCAGCUGGCAGCUAAAAAGGGCCAGUACGACGGCCAGGAGGCUCAGAACGACGCCAUGAUCCUCUACGACAAGUAUUUCUCCCUGCAGGCCACCAACCCUCUGGGCUUUGGCGACUCCGUGCGGAUGGAAAUAGAGUCGAACAUCUGCCGAGAGGGAGGACCACUCCCCGACUGUUUCACCACUCCACUCAGACAGGCCUGGACCACCAUGGAGAAGGUCUACAUGCCGGGCUUCCUGUCCAGCAACCUUUACUACAAAUACCUGAGCGACCUCAUCAAUUCGGUGCGCGCCGACGAGUUUCUGAAUGUCAGCGCGGCGGGUCAGGGCGGGCCGGCGGACAACGACCGCACCAGUUCAAAUGCCAGCGAGGGCUCCCAGACGCAGCAGAGUGCCAAAAGGGCUGCGAUCAAAAUCCUGAAGAACUUUGACGAGGCGAUCACGGUGGACGUCGCCAGCCUGGACCCCGAGUCCCUGUACCAGCGACCGUACGCAGGAAAGAUGACGUUUGGGAAGGUGAAUGAGAUGGGCCAGUUUAUCAGGGAGGCCGAGCCGGAGCCCGACGUGAAGAAAUCCAAAGGUUCCAUGUUCUCUCAAGCCAUGAAGAAAUGGGUGCAAGGCAACUCGGAUGAGGCUCAGGAGGAGAUGGCGUGGCAGAUCGCCAAGAUGAUCGUCAACGACGUCGUCCAUCAGUCGAACCACGACAGUCCCGGAAAGAGCACCAAGUUAUGACCCCACCGGCGCACCGACGGACCGUCACUCCCUGCAGACGCCGGCCGAGCCAGAGCCCAACUGCACACAGGGUCCCCACCGCGACGAACUGCAUUACUCUGAGAAAGAACAAGGCUUUUUAUCACCAUGUGUCAGCACGCAUGCGUGUGUGUGUGUGUUUCUGCGUGUGCGAGUGUGCGCGCGACUGCGAGAUCGGGUGAAUGAUUGUUCACGCAUGGGCUGCUAGAAAACUUGAAGUACAUCAUCGUUCCAACCUCCCAGCUCCAUAACACUAGAAAGGUACACCGGCGGGGGCGAAGCAGCGCGGCUCGCGCCGGGCUGAAGGAAGGAGGCGGCGCGGCGGCGGCGCGGCGCUCAGGACGGCCGCUGCUUUGUCCGUCUUAUCUUGGACCUUUCGGAGGAUGUGACAGAGACCGAAGAAAUCUCACUCCCUCGUGGCACUCCUCCCCACACCUUUUAUAACCAUUCCUUGUUUUUACAUGAAGCCUCUCUAAAGGGUCAGCUUAAGAGCUUAAGGCUUAUCAGCUUCGGAGCGUUGUACAGUUUUUUUUUUUUUCCUCCCCCAGACGCUUCAUUCUGUUUGCCCGGAGAGGUAAAGUCAGCCGCUCUGCCCCGCGUCGGCCGUUUAUGUACUGUAGAUUAUGUGGAAAUGUGACAAUGAAACGGAAGAAGAGCCGAUGAAGUUGUGGGACCGUUUUCCCUUCUGUAUGAAUCCCCCUGGCACCUUGACAGAGCGUAGAAGAAAUACUCCAUAAUGAACUUUUUAAGUGGUCCGGUUGUGUUGGAAAACUCCAGACUCUGUGUCCUAAAUGUUCUAUAUAUAAAUAUAUAUGUAGAUUUCUGGUUUAUCCCAUAUAUUAAUGUUAGUCCUUUUUUUAAAAAAAAGAAAAAAGUGACUGCAGUUUUUUUUUUUUUUUUUUAAUUACCGACUAUUCAACUGGAAAAUAUGCUCAAUAAAUCAGACCUUUUUUUUUUUAUUAUUAUUUCUUUCCAGCCUUACCAAGAUGUGGAAACAAACCAGAAAAGACUCUUGGUACUAUGUACCGCUAAUGUUUUCUGACAUGUACGUGUACUUAAUCUAUAAUAUAUUU